ACAAAUGCAGAAAAUGAUCAUCAUUAAGAAUGUUGGUUCUUGUGAAACCGCUCUCCCACGCACUAAGCGAUGGCUCAAAGGUAGUCGUUGGGUCUUUCUCUUGAUCAUCUCAGUCCUCAUCUACGGCUCUCACGCUCCUCUCAUCGCUCUCACUAAAUCAGAAGGCCGCAUUCCCUUCAGCCCGUCAUCCUGCGUUGUUUUGAUCGAACUCACCAAGCUGCUGAUCUCUUUCACGCUUCUGUUUGCUUCAGGAGACGUUCACACCAUCCAGGUUUCUAUAUCCUGGGUUGCGGUGAUGCCGUACGCUUUCCCCGCUCUGCUUUACGCCUUCAACAACAACCUGGUGGUCUUCAUGCAGGCCUACAUGGACCCCAGUUCAUUCCAGGUUCUCAGCAACCUGAAGAUUGCCUUCACCGCUCUGCUCUACACAUCCUGCCUGAGAAAGAGGCUGCGCCGUGCCCAGUGGACGGCACUGGCGGUUCUCAUGGUGGCUGGGGCACUACACAGCUACUCCAGCCUGGAUUGGGCGAGAUCUGAUCAGGAAGGGGAGAACGCCAAAGACGGGCUUUACAUCACAGCAUGGGGACUGCUGCUUGUGCUCCUUUACUGCUUCGUGUCUGGACUUGCUGCAGUCUACACCGAGAAAGUUUUAAAAAGUCAGCGUCUACCGCUAAGCCUGCAGAAUCUCUUCCUGUAUGUAUUCGGCGUGGGGAUCAAUCUGAUGUCACAUUUCUACAGCAGUGGAACAGAGCAGGCGUUUCUAGAUGGAUAUUCUCCACUGGUGUGGCUCAUCAUAGCCGGCCAGGCAGCUAACGGCCUCCUGAUGUCUGUAGUAAUGAAACAUGGAACUGGAAUCACGCGACUCUUUAUCAUCUCCUCAGCCAUGCUGGUAAACAGCGUGCUGUCUUGGGGGCUGCUGGGAUUGCAGCUCACACCUUUUUUUCUCAUACCGGUGCUGAUGAUUGCGUUGGCUGUGUACCUCUACUACAGGUAAAUGAUCUGUAAGUAGGGUUGCACACUUAUUGCCUAUCAUGCUGGAACAGGUUUAGGUCUCCUAGUUUAAGUAAAGGGAAAAUGUAAUGCUACCACAUCCAAAGACAUUCUAUACAACUGUGUGCCUCCAACUUUGUGCUAACAGUUUGGGGGAGAAACACAUAGGACUGCAAAUGUCAGGUGUCCCAAUACUUUUGUCCAUAUGGUAUAUUUGUACUUAUUCAGUUUUACUAUAAUCAAAUGUUUAUAGUUUAGAAAAUAUUUAAUAUAAAUAUAUUAGCAAAAUAAAAAAAAAAUGACCUCCAUUUCUAAUCUACAAUAUAGUUUAAAUUCACAGUGUAAAAUAUUCUGAAGAGUGAGAGUUAGGAGGUGAGAGAUGAUUAGGCAUAUUCAUUGAAAUAUCAUUUCACAGUUCUACAAAACAGCUCUAUGCUGCACAAAAUAGGUCACGAAACAUAGGUCAAACCCCCAGCAAAACAGUACUCUUCUGGAACAUAAAAAAAUUGGUUGAAUUACAUUUAUUUUGUGGGAACAAAAAUAACAUUCUGUAAAAACUUAUUUCAGUACUGAGAAAAACAAUCCCAACUAUUUGAAGCUUGGUGGACACAUGGUGUAAUGUGUUUUUAGUUAUGACUUGUUUUUUAAAUUUUAUUUUAAUUAUAAUCCAUUAAUUGUUCUGCAUGUAUGUUUUAAUAAAAACCUAUUGGUUAUUUAAUUGCAGGUUUGACUGUAUCCCGUGUGUGCUGCGUGUUUUUUUGUUUUGUUUUACUCUUUUAGGAUGAAUGCCAUAUUUUUGGUUUAUUUGUUUGAGAUUUUUAAAAUUAUGUUGCAAAAGUUGAUGUUGCACAAACAGAGACUAAAAGUACUGUAUUGAUGACUGGAAUAAAUAUUAUAAAUAUCCA